AAUGAAUGAUCAAUUUCUCAAUUGUAGAUUAUGCUCUAUAGAGUUCGAUUAAGUCAUCCAUUUACCAAGGUUGUUAAAUGAAUGUGGACACACCGUCUGUGAAAAGUGUAUAAAAUAAUAAGAAGGACAUUUCAGAUGUCCUGCAGAUGAGUAAUGUUCAUUUUUACCAUUCCAGAACACUUUAUGAAUAUUCGAUCGAUGGCUUUCCUAUCAAUACAACCUUAUUUAAAUUGAUCUAAUUAAAAUAAAAGCCAAAAUUGAAUGAUCUUUUUGAAACCCCAUAGCUAAGUCUAUACAAAGAUAAUUCAUCUUCGGAUUCUACAAUUUCUAAAAAUAAAUUUUAAGAUUCUUAACUAACACCUAUCUCUUUAUAAAAUACAAUAUCUGAUAGCUAAAAACAAAGAGAUGAGUUGUUAUAGAAAAUUGAAAAUAAAUUUAAUGAUCUAAUAACAAGAUUAGAAAUCCGAAAAAUGGAGUUAUUAAGUCAAAUAGAUAUAAAAUAUGAAUAAUCUCCAUUUUGUUUAUUACAGGUUGACUUUUAAUUUUAAAUGGAUGUGCUUGUUCCAAGAUAUGGUAUAUUAAGAGAAGAAUUAUAUAAUGAUAUUCAACUAAACAAUUCUCAAUAGAAGGAAUAAUUUUUAACCUUUUCUAAUAAAGAUUCUAUUGAUACAAAUAGAUAAAGAUCACCAUCAAAAAAGAUAUUUGAAGAAUUGAAAUAAAUCUACAUUCGUCCAGCAUUAUCAUAAGAAAAAAUGAAUGAAUUAAGAAAAAUCAUUAAAGCUAUGGAUAGAUCAGAAAAUCUUGAGAUAAUUAAUUUAAAAUCAAGAAAUUUAAUAGAUGAUGAUAUUAAAAUAUUUUCUGAAGCAUUAUCAAGAACAAUUUCAAAUAUAAGAGUAAUAGUGUUAUCAAGAAAUUAAAUUACAGAUUAAGGAUUUUAAUAUCUUGUUGAUGCAUUAUGGACAAAUAAAACAAUCAAAACAUUAAGAUUAAAAAAUAAUAAAUUAACAAAUGAAUCUUUAAAAUAUUUAAUCGAAAUUUAUGAAGAUUAGAAGUAUAAUUCUUUAUAACAAAUUUAUAUGUAAGGGAAUUAAAUUAAUAAUGAUGACUAAGUGCAAAUUUUGACAAAAUUGGGCUUAUUAAUAUAUAAAUGA